UCCGCCGGUUAAAUGCUUCCUCCCCACCAGAUCGCCCCCCUCCACCGACCCCUCCGCAGUCUCGACGCCGCUCCCGGCCGUGCAUCAACAUCGCUUUUCAGGAUGGAGGUCAUGGAAGAAGGGAAUUUGCUCGACAGAGUCAGCAUCUUACUUCAGAGGGACAGCGCGUACUACGAGCAGAACCAAAGCGUUCUUCAGGAAGCGAUUUGCAGCGGAAUCGCAGGAGGAGCAUUGGAUUUCCCUCACCACGCUUCUUUCGCUUCGGUGAAAAUGGUAACCUGGUGGGAGCAACAGUACAUAUCCGUCUUCGGAGUGCCCUCCGGUCUAAUCCACGGGCUAGAAGGGGAAGCCGUGGCUGGCGGUAACCCGGAAGAGUUCGUUUCGACGGUCACCUCCUGCUGCAACCAGCUCAUGUCCCAUCUUCAUAACCUCAGCCAGGAAGCCCUCGACCACGCGGAUCUCCAAGUGCUCACCUCGACUCUGGGCGCUGCUGCCCUGGUGGCUAACGCUCUUUGGGUUUACAACCACGCUAAGAAGCUACCCGAGGGGAUGACAUUCGCGAACUGCCUUAAAGAGUACCAGGGCAUGAAGGAAGCACUUGCUGAGAGGGUCUUGGAUCUGCAUUGUCGGCUCACGUCCCUUUACGUCCUUCAGGAUGCCGAUUGUCUCAACUGGGAGGCGAAACACGCUUUCUUCGAGUCGGAAAGGGGUUCCUUCGUAGUGCAGAUGUGGUGGCUCUAUAUGCAAGGGACCAGGCAGGACCUCUGGAGCACCCUCCCGCCCAAAACGGCCCAACGAGUCUUUGCAGGGAUGCUUAGUGAAUCUUUGACUAUAUUCACCGCCCGAUACUGCCAGGUAAAGUUUAAAAAAUGCAUAUUCGGUCGAUUCACCCGAUGUAUUUUCCAGGCUGAGACAAGCAUGGCUAGGCUUCCGUUGAUCGCGAACGAUAUUUGCAACAUCCUGAGAUGCGUGGCAGACCUUCUUCCAGCGCUGUGUAGCUGCGCCAAAGAGCUGACGGGCGAGAAGACGGUCUCACAGGUGGUCCAGCACCUCCACGACAAGUGUCAUAUCCUCCUGACCUGCCUGCUCUUCCGAGGCGCCCCGCUCUCCACCCUGCAUAAGAUCUUCUUUCGAGGCUUGGAAAAAGUCGAGUGUUUCAAGCAAGUGCCUAAAGGCGACGUCUCGCCGUGGUUCGCUUUCGUUACCGAUGAUAUCGACUACGGCACGAAGUCCGUGUUCGAACUCACUCCAAGCUCCGCCAUCCUCCUCGAACUCAACAUACUCAAAUUUCAGCCAAACAUGUCUUGGCCACUUCUUCUCAAAUUAGUCAUGAUGAGAAAUUGCUGGGUGGCGUUCAGGCUGAUGAAACACGUUUUCAGCCACUCCUGCUUCGUCGGAACAAACGAAGGAGAGCCGAAAUGCACAGGAUUUAUGUGCAACGGUGAUUGCUAUUUGCCUUUGAGCAGUGUUGAGCAGGCUGUCGUGCAUGUGGUCGUAUCCGUCGGCUGCGAGAAAGAUAUUCGAAACACGCUGAUCCACCUGCUGGAAAGGAUGGACACAUCUUGGGCCGACUGUCUAGACAAAACACAAGUCUGGAAUCAAAAGAGGCCAGGCUGGCUGGAAGCACUGACUGCCCCACUCAUGGACUUUUUAGACCCUAUUAUUGGCAUAAUAAACAAAGCAAUUUCAGAGAAAGCGACCACUGAGCAAUUGCUUGCUUUGUCAAUAGCACUCCUGGCACAGUCGGUUGACUGUCUUCCUCCCGGCAUCACCCUGACAACCGACCUGCUCCAGGGGAUACUGCCGGCUGACUGUUCCCCAAUCGGUGGCCUCGUUCUUCUUCAACUCCUAUUCGCCAGUCUCUACAGUCGAGUUAUUGACACCCCACUGGCCGAAUCUAUCUGCCAUCUCAUCGAGGAGGACUUGGUCGAUUUAGUAGGAAAGGCAAGCUGCCUUAACAAUCUACCCAGGCCGAGUCACGAUCUGGAGUACUCACACCAACUCUGUGAACUUCAAGUGAGCCAGCUCUUGCUGACUAAAACCGGAAGACUUUCACUCAAGGUACUUUUUGAGUAUCUAACAAAGGAGAAUUGGAUUUUGACAGCGCUGAAACAAGAGAUUCCCCAUCCUAAUUCUAACACUCUUCUUUUCACUAUGUUUCACAUCGGACAGCAUGCUUUCGAUGAGGUCCUUCAAGGGAUUUGGACCCCGGAUUGGGACGCUCUUCUCAACAUCCCACUGGGCAUCGACCCUCACUUCGCCUGGGAGCAGAUUUCGGCUCGGCUCCCUCAUCCAGAAAGAGAUGCUAUAAACAAACACGACAUGGCAGUCGUAGAAACACUGACUAAAGUCUUCGCUGACGUGGAAGAGGAGGGAAGUGAAUCUGACUGCGGACAGUUAGAAGAAGUAGAAAACCUUGCUUAAUUGAGAAAUGUUUGGAAGACUUAAGGAAAAGUACUUUAUCCAUUUUUAAAGUUUAUCCGCAGAUUGUUGUUUAUGGGCACAUUGUUUAUUAUCAACUGAAUUUUUGCCUGUAUUGUAAAAAUAAAAUUAAAGACCAUAAAAGUUUUACUAAUAAAGCAUAAAAAUUUUCUUUUUG